AUGGCUCCUAGAAAGAACGGUCGCCUCCUAUUCAAUGAAGUGCCACAAGGUUCAAGUUAUCCCGUACCUGGCAAAACCACCGUUUACGAUGACAGUGAGAAAAUUGACCUGGACAAUGUCCCUUUGAAUGGCGGCUUUCUGCUCAAAACGCUUGUAUUGUCUAUUGACCCUUAUAUCAGGGGCAGAAUGAGAGAUAUAUCGUUGUUUCCGGUAUCUCAUGGAGUGGGGGUCGUUGUGCGCUCUGAAGAUGCUACUGUCAAAGCAGGCGACCAUAUCUAUGGAUUUUUGGAUUUUGUGGAAUACUCUGUCAAGCCCAACAUGCAGGGUUUAAAAGUCCUCAAGAACGAAGAGAACUUACCAUGGUCUGUGUACGUCGGCGUAGCAGGCAUGCCUGGACAAACAGCAUAUACUGCUUGGAAGGAAUAUGCUGAUGCGAAGAAAGGCGAAACAGUAUUUGUGACCACAGGUGGAGGUAAGCAGACCAUGUUCGUCGUUCAACUAGCAAAGGUUGAUGGACUCAAAGUCAUUGCGUGCGCCGGCUCGGACGAGAAGGUCAAAUUCAUGAAAGAAAUUGGAGCGGAUGUGGCUUUCAAUUACAAGACCACCCCUGUUGCCGAGGUACUGAAGAAAGAAGGACCGAUUGAUGUUUAUUGGGACAACGUUGGAGGAGAAACACUUGAAGCAGCAAUAAACGCAGCUUCGACCGGGGCACGGUUGAUCGAAUGCGGCAUGAGCUCGGAUUACAACAACAGUGUACCAUAUCAUGUCAAGAACCUGUUCCAAAUCAUUCCCAAAUCACUCAAAGUCUACGGAUUCUCAGUGACAGCGUUGCUUGAGAAAUACGUUACCGCUUUCUAUGAGGAGGUUCCUAAGAAGCUUGCAAAUGGCGAGAUUAAGUAUACGGAAGACGUCACACAAGGGUUGGAAGGUGCUGGGGAAGCAAUAUUAGCUGUCCUGAAAGGAACGAAUACUGGGAAGAAGGUUAUAUUGGUUGCCCAAGAGUGA